AAACCUCCAGCGCAACCUCGGAGGGAGAGAGAGAGAGUCGUGCGAGCGAUCGAGAGAUGGUUGGGCUUCCGUACGAUUUCCUCGCCAAUCCUCUGGGGGCCGUGCGGCUAUCGUUCGAGAAGGCGGUGGCGGAGGCGCCGCCCAACGUCGAUCCCCCGGCGGCCUUCAGAGGCAAGGACUGGGGGGUGUUGGACCUCUUCCGUGACUUUCUCUUCGAACAGGGCGGCCUCUCCCAGGUGCCAGUUCUUGAUGCAUCAACUAUUCGAUGGAUUCAACCCAAUACACUGGUGCGCGUCAGGGGAAUGGUUCAAGAUAUGCUUGGCAAUGAGUUUUAUAUUGGUGCUUAUAAGGAUGGGUCGAUAUGGAGGACAAACAAGUUUACGGACUCGGCUUUGUUUCCAAUGCCGCCUGCCUAUGAAACGCAGCUCUGGGAGCGCCAUCUUUUCCACUGUGUCCCUAUUCCAGGACAGAAUUCAUGGACGAUGGAGUUGUCCCCCUCUCCAACAGUUAGAAAUAUGUUAGGCUGCUGUACAUCCCAACAUGGUGAAAAACGUAGGAGGGAGGAAGAUGCUGAUGGCAUGGAUUUAAAUUGUUCAGAUCAUGGGGAUCAGACCUCACCAUCAUCCAGUAAAAAGCAGAAGGAAGAUGAGUAUCUGUGUCAUCCAUCCCAUUCUUCAGCAGAAUUGGUAAAUCAUGGUUGUUCGUUGCAGCAAAGUAAUGUUGCCAACUUUGAUGCAAGUUCCCUUUCAUGUUUAGUAAAGGUCUAUGAUAUGCCAGAGAGUCAUAUAAAAUUGAAUGAUGUUUUUGAGUUUAUUGGCAUCUACACAUUUGAUCCUGACCCUGUUGUUCAUAACGAUGAUUCUGAUGAUCUAAUGGAUGAUCUCAUGGAGGAUGUGAUGGUCCAUCUACCUCCCAGUAAGGUACCACGCGUUCAUUGUUUAAUAUGUCGAAAGCUGGCUGUCCAAGAUUUUCUUUCCAAUUUUCAUGUCAUUGAGCCUUUACCUAGUAUUGUUAAAGGGAUUCGAGAAUCAUUGCUUGGGCAUCUUUCUAUGGCUUUAGGCAAUGAUGGUUUAGCAGCGCAAUGUGUUUUGUUGCAUCUUCUGUCAAGACUCCGUGCUAGGGUUGAUGUGGUCACAGUGGGCAAGCUGUCGCUCAAUCUAACAAGUUUUACUAGAGAAAGCGCAUCAGUUUUUGGGAAUCAACUCACUGCUGCAAUACAAAUGCUUUUGCCUUUCACACAUGCUAUUCCUCUCACAGUGGAGUACCUCAACACUGCAACACUUAAACCCAGAAAAAAUAACCAGACAGGAAGGUUGGUGGCUGGAGUCUUGCAGCUAGCAGAAGGUACCCACUUGACAAUUGAUGAGACUCAUAUGCAGGCUGGAGUGCUUGAUUCUAAUGGUGUGGAGAAUGCAAGGUUGCUUAAACAUUUAAUGGAGUGGCAAACGGUUGAAUACGACUUUGAGUACUACAAGUUGGAAAUGGCUGCCGAUGUUCAAUUACUUAUCCUGUCUGAGGGAAAAUCCAAUAUCUUGCCAGCUGACUUGGUUUUACCUUUUCGCCCUACUGCUGUUGCGGCUGCUGUGAAUCCAAGUGCCGAGGAACUUCAAGCUUGGAGAUGGUACUUGGCCACUUUAAAGUCCCUCCCUCACUCCAGUGAACCAGAAAUGCAUCAGCUGCUGCAAGAUGAAUUGGUUGCAGCCAUGCGAGGAGAUCGGAGUUUGGGCUGCACAGAUCUCAACAGAUUGCUAACAAUGGCCCAACUAAUGUCCUCAAGCUUCGGUGAAAAGACUCUCUCCUUGGAGCGUUGGCAAAUGGUCAAGGAAUUGGAGAGGCUUAGAAAGGAGAGGCUCAAGUAAACCCGGUUUGUCUAAUUGACAGCAGUAAGAGUUAAGCUGGGUGAUUGUGGACAGAUGGUCCCUGAAAGUGUAUGUGUGCAGUGUCUGUGGUUAUUCUAUCCUGUAUUAUUACUGUCAAGUCUUCAAGAUUUCUAUGUUUAUUUUUGGGUGAUUGUCCUCACACAUGAAUUUUAAGGCUUUUAACUUCAGUUAUUGAAUUCUGACCUCUCCUUUGUUUGC